AUGGUGAAAUUCCCGGCGCUCACGCACUACUGGCCCCUGAUCCGGUUCCUGGUGCCCCUGGGCAUCACCAACAUAGCCAUCGACUUCGGGGAGCAGGCCUUGAACCGGGGAAUCGCGGCUGUCAAGGAGGAUGCGGUGGAGAUGCUGGCCAGCUACGGACUGGCCUAUUCCCUGAUGAAGUUCUUCACGGGCCCCAUGAGUGACUUUAAAAAUGUGGGCCUGGUGUUUGUGAACAGCAAGCGAGACAGAACCAAAGCCGUCCUGUGCAUGGUGGUGGCCGGCGCCAUCGCCGCUGUCUUUCACACCCUCAUAGCUUACAGUGACCUAGGCUACUACAUCAUCAACAAACUGCACCAUGUGGACGAGUCCGUGGGGAGCAAAACGAGAAGGGCCUUCCUCUAUCUUGCUGCCUUCCCUUUCAUGGAUGCGAUGGCAUGGACCCAUGCCGGCAUUCUCCUAAAACACAAAUACAGCUUCCUGGUGGGGUGUGCCUCAAUCUCCGAUGUCAUAGCUCAGGUCGUUUUUGUAGCCAUCUUGCUCCACAGCCACCUGGAGUGCCGGGAGCCCCUGCUCAUCCCCAUCCUCUCCUUGUACAUGGGCGCCCUUGUGCGCUGCGCCACCCUGUGCCUGGGCUACUACCGGAACAUCCACGACAUCAUCCCCGACCGGAGCGGGCCCGAGCUGGGGGGAGAUGCAACAAUCAGAAAGAUGCUGAGCUUCUGGUGGCCGUUGGCACUCAUCUUGGCUACUCAGAGAAUCAGUAGACCUAUUGUCAACCUCUUCGUUUCCCGGGACCUUGGCGGCAGUUCUGCGGCUACAGAGGCAGUAGCGAUUUUGACAGCCACGUACCCUGUGGGCCACAUGCCAUAUGGUUGGUUGACGGAAAUCCGUGCUGUCUACCCUGCUUUUGACAAGAACAACCCCAGCAACAAGCUGGUGAGCACGAGCAGCACGGUCACAGCGGCCCACAUCAAGAGGUUCACGUUCGUGUGCAUGGCCCUGUCGCUCACGCUCUGCUUUGUGAUGUUCUGGACCCCCAACGUGUCUGAGAAGAUUCUGAUAGACAUCAUUGGCGUGGACUUCGCCUUCGCCGAGCUCUGCGUCAUUCCUCUGCGGAUCUUCUCCUUCUUCCCCGUCCCAGUCACCGUGAGGGCUCAUCUCACCGGGUGGCUGAUGACCCUGAAGAAGACCUUCGUCCUGGCCCCCAGCUCUGUGCUGCGCAUCAUCGUCCUCAUCACCAGCCUGGUGGUCCUGCCCUACCUGGGGGUCCAUGGAGCCACCCUGGGCGUGGGCUCCCUCCUCGCGGGAUUUGUGGGAGAAUCCACCAUGGUCGCCAUAGCCGCAUGCUACGUCUACCGGAAACAGAAAAAGAAGAUGGAGAACCAGUCAGCCGUGGAGGGGGAGGACUCAGCCAUGACGGACAUCCCCGCUGCCGAGGAGAUCACGGACAUCGUGGAGAUGAAAGAGGAGAACGAAUAA